AUGGCGCGUUCGAAGAAAGAUACUUCAGCCGAGGAUGAGCGCAAAGCGAAUUUGCGUAAAGAUAUCGAUUUUGUCGAGCACACGUGGCCGGCAGAAAAGCUCUACUCGCACUUUGGGUGCACCCUGGAGAAAGGUUUAUCGAGCGAACAGGUUUUAAUCAACCGCGGUAAAUAUGGCGAGAACCGAUUGACUCCGCCGGCGUUGACGCCGUGGUACAUUCAGUUUUUGCUGCAGUUCGCCAACUUUUUCGCCGCUUUGUUGUUAGCCGGUGGCACCUUGUGUUUCAUCGGCUAUGGCAUCGAUACGGAGAAGGAUCAAACCAACUUGUUUUUGGGCAUCGUCUUGUACGCCGUCGUAACUAUUACGGCGACUUUCUCGUACUUGCAAGAGGCCAAGUCGGAGAAGAUCAUGGAAGGGUUCAAGAACAUGAUUCCAAAGAAGUGCAAGUGCAUUCGCGACGGUAAGAACACCGUCGUUGAUGCGUGGGAGUUGGUUCCGGGAGACGUCGUCGAUUUGCUCGACGGCGACCAGGUGCCGGCGGAUAUUCGCGUCAUGUCGGCAAACGAAUUGAAGGUGGACAAUUCUUCUUUGACUGGUGAAUCCGAACCACAAGAUCGCUCGACGGAUUUGGCCAAGGACUCGCAAGGUAACUUGGUCAUGCAACCGUUGGAAGCGAGCAACUUGUGCUUUUAUACCACGAUUAUCAACUCCGGUUCCGGGAGAGGCAUCGUUAUUGGAUCCGGUGACCGCACGGUCAUGGGUCAAAUCGCUGGUUUGGCCACGGAAACGUCCAACGAAGCGUCGCCGAUUAACGUUGAAAUCUCCAAGUUCAUUCAGUUGAUUUCCGCCGUCGCCAUUACCUUGGGCGUCGUGUUUUUCAUCAUCGGUUUAACCAACGGGACGGACAUUAUCCAAAAUGUUGUGUUUAUGAUUGGUAUCAUCGUUGCGAACGUGCCGGAAGGUUUGUUGGCGACCGUUACCGUGUCUCUCGCGUUGACCGCGAAACGUAUGCACACGAAGAACGUUUUGGUGAAGAACUUGGAAGCGGUUGAAACUUUGGGUUCGACCACUAUCAUCGCCUCGGAUAAGACUGGUACUUUGACGCAAAACAGAAUGACUGUUAUGCACGUAUGGGUCGAUAACGAAACGUAUUUGUGUCCAGCCGGGAAGAACAUUCCGGAUUUGGCGGUUUUGUCGCAAACUCCUGCGGAUGAACCGUACUACGACGCAAGCUCCCCGGGCUUCAAACGAUUGUUGCAAGUCGCGACGUUGUGUAACAACGCCGAGUUUUUGACUAAAAACGACGACGGCUCGUACAUGGACUUGAAGGCGGAAAUGAACAACCCGAACUUCAACAUCUUGAAGCAAGCCGCAACUGGUGACGCUUCCGAGCAAGGCUUGUUGAAGCUCGUGCAACCGUUGAAUGAUGCGUUGGAAACCAGAGCCGCGUGCCCAAAGAUUUUCGAAAUCAAGUUCAACUCCACGAACAAGUGGCAAUUGUCCAUUCACUCUCAAGGUGCCGGCAGACCGCCGUUACUCGUCUUGAAGGGUGCUCCGGAGAGAGUGCUCGGCAUGUGCAAAUCGUACUUUGCCAAGGGCGAAGUGAAGGAAAUCAACGCGUCGUACAACAAGACGUACACGGAAGCGUACGAAGGUUUGGGCGGCCGCGGUGAACGCGUGUUGGGAUUUGCCUACAAAGAGUUGACCGGAAUGAAGGACGAUUUUAAGUUUUCCAACAAGCCGGCUCCGAACUUUACCAUGAACGAUUUGACUUUUGUUGGUUUAAUCUCAUUGAUUGAUCCUCCGAGAGAAGGCGUCCCUGAAGCCGUCAUCAAGUGCAACCGCGCUCGCGUGAAGGUGUACAUGGUGACCGGCGAUCACCCGAUUACCGCAGCGGCUAUUGCGAAGCAAGUCAACAUUAUUUCGCAAGAGAACAUCGACAGUGGCGAUGCCAUCGUCGUUAAGGGCGAUACUAUUCGUGAGUGGACGGAAAUCGCCGACCCCGUUGAACAACAAAAGAAGUGGGACGCAGCGCUCGAUCACAAACAAAUCGUCUGGGCGAGAGUGUCUCCGGCGCACAAGUUGUUGAUCGUUGAGAACUGUCAGCGCAGAGGUGAAAUCGUUGCCGUCACUGGUGAUGGUGUGAAUGAUGCGCCGGCGUUGAAGAAGGGUGAUAUUGGUGUUGCCAUGGGUAUCGCCGGUAAAGACGUUUCCAAGGAAGCGGCUGAUAUGAUUUUGAUGGACGAUAACUUUGCGUCCAUCGUCAACGGCGUCGAAGAAGGGCGAUUGAUCUUUGAUAACUUGAAGAAGUCCAUCGCGUACACUUUGUCGUCGAACAUUCCGGAAAUUGCGCCGUUUUUGAUUUACAUCACGGCGAAAUUGCCGUUGCCGUUGUCAACGGUUUUGAUUCUCUGUAUCGAUCUUGGUACGGAUAUGGUCCCUGCCAUCUCUCUCGCUUACGAGACCAAGGAGGCAGAUAUCAUGGACCGCCCGCCGAGAAAUGCGCAAACUGAUCGUUUGGUCAACUUCCGUUUGAUUUCGUUCGCGUACUUGCAAAUCGGUAUGAUCCAAGCCUUAGCCGGCUUCUUCGUCUACAUCAUCGUCCUCAACGAUUACGGCUAUGCGCCGAACAUCUUGAUGGGCAACGGUUUGGAAUGGUUCAAGCACUCCGUCAUGUGUACCAUCAACGGCGACGGGAGUCCGAAAGAGUGCGGUUUCGGUUGCGAAGGUGAGGAUUGGGAGAGAGGUUACUGCGAAGGCGGUUGCCAAGUUCCCGUCACCAGUGAGGUCGAUCCGUUCAUCGAGUUCACCUCUGCUGGUUUCAGAGGUGACGGUGAAUACACUUGCAACAGAGCGUGCUCGAACUACGCCAGUAUUCCUUCGGAUAAACUUACUGACGCGGAAAAGGCGCGGUUUGAUACGCUUUGCGCGAUUGACAGCACGUGGGGCUUUGCCGAUCGUGGUUUCGCGGAUAAGGAGGCUAUCGCUCCGGCGGGUGCCAUGUAUUUCUGGAACGGCCAGCCACAACCCUUACCGAACAAGAACUACCAAAGUUCUGCUUUGGAAUACGCGCAAUGCGCGUACUUCAUCUCCAUCAUCAUCGUCCAAUGGGCCGAUUUGUUGAUUUGCAAGACGAGAAAGCUUUCUCUCUUCCAGCAAGGCUUACAAAACGAUUUCAUGAACUUUGGUUUGUUGUUUGAAACCGUCCUCGGGGCGACUUUGGUAUACACUCCAGCCUUGAACACUGUCUUUGGUACUCGACCGUUGCACAUCUUGCACUGGUUUCCGGCCGUUCCGUGGUCUAUGUUCAUCUUCACCUACGAUGAGAUGAGAAAGGCGAUCAUGAGACAAAAUCCGGACGGCUGGUUGAAUUCGUACACGUACUGGUAA